AAGAUCACGCAAAGAAGCAGUUGGUGGUGAUGAUGCUUCAGUAAGCAGUAACCAAAAAAUAAAAUUACUUUUUGGACAAUCAUAGUCUAAAAUGACACCGAUGUGAUAAUAAUUGACUUUCAAGAGUGAUAUUAUGUCAAUAUGCUCAUGGAUCAAAUUAUAAGACACUACUGUGUCUAGUUGAGUAAUUUUUUUAACCAAUUCAAUUGCAUCUGAAUUGUUUUUAAAACAGUAGGAGCACUCCAGCAAGCAAAAAUUACAAGUUGAUGAAUGUAAUUACUGGCAAAAUAUUCACGCAGGAAAUGAAUUAAGUCCUUAUCGCAUUGAAUCAGCUGGAAUAAUAAAGUUGAUAAUAUGAGCCAUAUUUUAAGGUUCAUAUCUCGUGUCUGUACUAAUUCUCAAACUAUGAUAUAUGAAUUGAAAAUGGAAAGUUCAACUGAAUUAUGAAUGAUGACUAACAUUCAUCUUUCGUGCGAAUCAUGCUCUAUAUUGAUGUGACAACAUUGAAUAAGAUCAUUGACGCAUUGUUUAAGAGGCUAGUGUCACUUUAUAAAGCUGUCUGUCACAAGUACCGGAUAAAGCAAGUGCUGUAGGUUGCAGAAACUAGUUGACACACCCAAGAGAGAUGCAUUGGUAGAACCAUUAAACUGCAUUGUUACGAAUUAAAGAGCUGACAGUUUGCGUUACUGAGAUCACAGUGAGGAAUUACCACGCGAUAACAGAGGCGUGGUAAAAACCUGUGAAAGAAUAUAGGAAGGUACAUGCAAUCUAUGAUGCUAAAGAGAAGCGAAAGAGCGACGCGCGGGUAGAGCGAUCAAGGCCUUUUGGCCCCGUAGAUCCUGAGAAACUGGAGAACUUAAGAGAAGUAUAAAACGCCCCUCUUAUUCCUUGUUUGCGCAUUAUUGUUCCUUACUCUGUACGUCACUCUAGACAUGCGUUACAUUUUUAUUUGGUUACUGAGUAUAGUUGCCUUGUCAACGGCUCAAGAUUAUAGGUCUCCAGCGAUUCUCACGGAUGCUCGGUAUCUCUCUGGAGAUGGAACAUUUGGUGCUGCUUACACCCAAGAGGAUGGGGUGCAAUUUAAAGAGGAAAGUGAUGCCAAAGGCAAUCGGAAAGGAUCAUAUUCUUACGUAGAUCCUACAGGACAGAGGAGGACAGUAUUUUAUACAGCUGGAAAAGACGGAUUUCAGGCCAUUGGAGACGGCAUUCCUGAAGUGACUCCACCAACUCCACCGCAACCAGAAUACGAACCACUUCCUGAAUAUAAUCCUCCGGAUUAUAAAUCUCCAACAAGGUCAUACGAUUACGAUAGUGAACCACAAGCUCCUACAAAGUCCUACGAUUACGAUUCUGAACCGCAGCCUGUCAGGCGAGUGACUUAUGAACCUCGUCCUUCACCUUCACCUCCUCCACCACCACUUCACCCUCGCUUGUCUUAUCAACACCACUAUCAGCCAGAAUAUGAGCAACCUCGUCCUGUGCAUGAAUACCGUCACGAAUCUCGACCUUUACCAGUAUACAAACCACAACCCACACCUCCACCUCCAUCACAAUACCAUCAACAACAACCUGUUCAACAAUAUCGUCCUUAUGUAGAGUAUUCAAUUGCCAUACCAACACGCGACGCAGCUCCCUCUCGAUACAAUGAAAUUACGACACCUCCACCUCGCAGAUUUUAUCCUCCAGGAAAAUUAGAUUUCACGAGAACUCCAGAUGGCUUCUCUUAUAGCUUCAGUAAGAGUUGAAAGUGCACUGGAAAUUAAAUAAUUAAAUUAUUGCAGUUAUUUAAUCAAACAUAUUACCAUCAUAAUAUAUUAUAAAACAUUUUAUUUAUAUGCACUCUUAAUAGUUGCAAUACUUUAUAAUUAUAUUGAUUUAAUUGUAUCAAUAGCAGCACUAAAGGUCAACUUCUCUUCACUUCCUGUAUUGGAUUUAAAAUAUUAUGAUCAAGAUUUUUAUCGAUGCACUUUGUAAUAAAUUUCCAGAGUAGAUAACUGUAAAUUGGAAUAUUUGAAUAAUAAAAAUAACUGAAUAGA